AUGGAAUUCGCACAAUUUGCUGAGACAUUGGGAUUCAAGCACCAUAGAAAUACGCCUGAACACCCAAGAGCCAAUGGGGAAGCUGAAAAUUUUAUGAAAAUUCUGAACAAAACUGAACAAACUGCGCACACUCAAGGUAAAUCAAGUCAAACAGCAAUACAAGAGAUGUUGAUGGGAUAUAGAUCGACUCCCCAUCAUGCAACUGGUUAUUCUCCUUAUGAAGCUCUUAUGAAGAGAACUGUCAGAACUAAAUUAGAUUACAAACACCCACAAGGACCAAUUUUAAACCAGAGAAAAAUGGAAAGGAAUAUCAAAAUAAAUGAUGAAUGUUAUAAACAAAAGUGGAGAAAUGAUUUAAGACACCCAAAAUGUAAAAGUCACGACUUCAAAAUUGGAGAUAAAGUCUUGCUCAGGCAGGAUAAAAGAAACAAAUGGACUACGCCAUGUGAAGAAAAUUAUUAUAUUAUAUUGCAGGUAAAUGGUUCAGAAAUAGGUGCCCGAAGACACACGGAUGGCAGAGUUGUAUACAGAGAUGCAUCAAAGUUUAAACAGUUACCACACGAUAUAGCCAAUCCAAAUAUGAAUAAUUGGAGGGGAAGAGUUAUUCAGUCUAUCACAGAGACAGCUAAUGCACCAGAAAGAAACAAUAAUCUUGCAGAACAAAAUGUGGUUGAAAGAAGAAUUCAGCUCAGAAGAGACAGAAGACUACCAGACAGAUUUAGAGAUAACACUGUAGAUGUUAAUGAACCUCAACAAUAA